CGUCUCCCCAACAAAGGCUGGUCUCUUCACCUACGAAUGUCAUGGCAAGACCUCCCCCAACCAGAAAAAAUGGCGAAUUAAAGCCUCUUCUGCUGCUCCCGGAGUUGAUUUAAAAAGCCUUGAAGCUGCAAUUGCCAAGAAUGAUAGUGAUGCUGUUAAAGUGGUGCUUGAUCAGCUGAAUGAAGUUGGUUGGGCCAAAAAAUGGAGUUCUCAACCCUAUGUAUCACGCCGUAUGGUCAGUCCUCCAUUACGAGUGUGAAGUUCUGGGCAAGUGCUACUCAAACAUAGCAACAUCCAUAACUCAUACAUCACUGCGAGAGCUCACAACUCUUGGAAUUAAAAAUGCAGAGAACCUUGCAAUUCCAAGUGUUAGAAAUGAUGCAGCUUUUCUAUUCACAGUGGUGGGGACGACGGGAUUUCUGGGUGUUCUCACCAGCCAACUUCCUGGGGACUGGGGAUUUUUUGUGCCAUACUUGAUUGGGAGCAUCUCUUUGAUAGUUUUGGCCAUUGGGAGUAUCAGCCCUGGGCUUCUUCAGGUUGCUAUUGGUGGAUUCUCAUCAGUUUUCCCUGACUACCAGGAAAGAAUUGCUGCACAUGAGGCAGCUCAUUUUUUAGUUGCUUACUUGCUUGGCCUCCCGAUAUUGGGGUAUUCGUUGGAUAUUGGGAAAGAGCAUGUUAAUUUGGUUGAUAAAAAGCUCGAAAAGCUGAUAUACAGUGGUCAACUUGAUGCAAAAGAAUUAGACAGGUUGGCAGUGGUAUCAAUGGCUGGGCUGGCAGCGGAGGGUUUGAAAUAUGAUAAAGUUGUUGGUCAAUCUGCUGAUCUAUUCACUCUUCAGAGGUUUAUAAACAGAAGCAAGCCACAGAUCAGCAAAGAACAGCAACAGAAUCUCACUAGAUGGGCCGUUUUGUUUGCUGGAUCCCUCUUAAAGAAUAACAAGGUCGUUCACGAGGCCCUAAUAUCAGCAAUGUCAAAGAAGGCAACUGUGUUAGAGUGUAUUGAAGCAAUUGAGAAAGCUGUAUAAUUCUAAUGUCUUCAUGGGGCACAUUCAGAAAAUGCACCUUUAGCAUUCAUUUGGACAGUGAAGAAUCAUUCAAAUGUGGUUUCAAAAGGUU